AUUAAACAAUAAUGCUCUUAUAUAUAAAACGUAACGGAUAUCUUUAAUUUAUGGUUGAUAAAUAUACAAGUCGACAACUAUGGUGACAAAUAUUUCCUUAGUAUCAAGGCUACAAUAAAAAUAAACAAAAUUUUUAAAAUUCUGUACUUCAGUCUGGUUUAUUAUCUGUUUCAUAUGCAAGUUACAAGGCAUUUUAAUCGGAUUCUAUUUUUAUAGCAGUGUUUAUUUUCCGUCGACGUUAUUAAGUAGGUGUAGGUAGAUCAAAUUAAAUUUUUUACAUUAACAUUGUGGUACACUAGUGGUGUUUCAACUUUGAAGUCAAAAGUUGUAAAUUUCAUUUAUUCUAUUUGUGAGUGUUUCUAUAGUUUAUGCAUAAAUCGUUUUAUCUAAAUUUAUAAGGAAUUUACAAACAGUGCAUUUCUGGAUAUAUUUAUCACAGAUGAUUCUUAGAACUUUGUUAACAAUCUUCCUUUGUACAUUACCAACAUGGAGUCGAUUACCUGAAGAAUUGCGAGAGGUUAGAGAAGAUGACAGCAGAUGUUACCAACAGUGUUUUUAUCAACCGGAGGAUUCAUGUCCAAGUCCUGAUGAUCCAUGUAGAUGUCGUCAAUUGUCUACAUGUAAAAAAGCCGUAAUCUGUUGUGAUGUGAAUGACGAAACGUUGAAAGAUCAGUUAAGGUGUAGAAAUCUUGUUCCAAAUGAAAUAGAAGCUCUGCAUAUCAGAAACGCUACUUUAGAAGUUUUAAAUCUCACACUGGCCGAAUGGAAGCAUUUACGAUCUAUGGCUAUAACUGAUGGAAAAAUAAAAACUGUAAGUGGAGCUUUUUCCAAAAUGACGGCAGUCUCCUGUUUGAAUUUAUCAUCGAAUGGUAUCACAGAGUUUCAAAAGCGGUCGCUUUGUAAUCUAUUUAGUUUGAGUUUUCUGGAUCUGUCUCACAACAAUUUAACAGAAAUUCCUAAUUUUAAAUUAGAAGGUCAUAUAACAUUAGAUAUUGUCGGAAAUCCUAUGAUAUUGUGUCAGAGCGUGAAAGAUACGUUUAAAAGGGCAAAUAUAUCAUUCAAUAACGAAAAUAAUACGUAUUGUGCCUCACAAACUAAUUACGAUUGGUUUACUUCCAAGUAUAAUGUACUAGUUUCAGAAUUAAGAAGAAUUUACGAGUUAGAAGACAAUUGCGUUCCAAAUUGUACCUGUAACAUACAAAGUCUGAAUUUUGGGGAAGGUAUGCCCAGAGUUUUCACAGUUGAUGUAAAUUGCUCAGAAAUGAAUUUGCUCACAUUACCAAAACGUUUGCCGCCCUACACAGUGAAAUUAGAUGUUUCUAAUAAUAACAUAACAUCCCUGAAAGAGUUAAGUGAUUCCUCUUAUAAUUUCUUAAAGGAGUUCAAUGCUGAUAAUAAUCAAAUAGAAUCACUAAAACUUUUGGAAGCUACUGGAUUCAGAUAUACCUUAGAAGUAUUGAGUUUAAGAAACAACAAAAUCAAAUAUAUUGACCCAUACUUGGUAGAAGUUUAUUGUCGUACUUCAAAAUAUAUGCGUCAAUUCAAUUUAGGAUUGAAUAAAUUGAGUUGUGACUGCGCUACUAUAACAGAUUUCAAGAUGUGGUUGGAGACCAAAAUUAGUUUGAUUGUAGAUUACAAGGAGAUUAAAUGUGAAGAUACUGACAUCAGCAUCAUAGAUUUAGAUCCAUCGAAGUAUUGUCAUAGCUCAGAAGAUUGGACUAUUUAUAUUUAUUGGAUAAUAGCCGUCGAAGUGUUUUUGUUAAUUAGUCUUGUUGCUAAAGUAACCUACGAUUAUUGGGUAUUUAAAACGGCUGGUUAUUUGCCUUGGCCAGCUAGCAAAAUGCCAAAAUUGCCAUGUGAUUGGCUAUGUGAGUGAAAUUUUAUGUGAAUAAUUUUUUGAAUCGGUUGUGAGUUGUGAUAUUUAUAUUAUGAUGAAAUGUAAGUACAAGAAGCCUUAUAUGAUUUGGAAAAUGUUAUUGCAAAAGAACUGAUAGGAUUGGUAAAAGUUCCAUAUAUUUAACCAUAAACAUUUUUUUCAAAUACCUACUCUUGAAAUAAUAUUCUAAAUGCUUAUAUAUGUGCCUUCUGUUGACAACUAAAUUUCAUAUUCAUACCGAACACACUUUUUAGUACCACUACUUAUACAAUUAUACUGUCUGUGUUUCGAAAAUCGAGUUAUCGUCUUCAGAAACCAAACGUAAAAUUUUUAAUCAUUUUACUUAUGACAGUGCCUGUCGUUUGCCGAUAUUGGCUAACCUACUUUAUUUACAGUGACACAAAAUGGUAUUGAAACUUCUUCUUAUUCCCUUUACCUUUACGAAUGAAGACUUAAGUCCAUAAAAGCUCAGCUGUUUCUAGUUUAUUUUGUUCAUUAUUUAAGUCUUUGUUCUUUACCUUGUCCUACUUAGUUUCUCGCUAUAUUUUUCUUAAGUGUUUCAUAUCUAUUGUUUUAGUUUUAUCUUUCUUCUUCAUUGUCCGUUUUUCUGCUGUGUUAAUGCCAACUCAUAAAUUUGUAAGUCGUGGAAUUCUUAUUCCAACACUUCCGAUUCAGGUUAAUUUAAAAGAAAACUUGAUUUAUCCAUUAUUUGCAUCUCUGAUCCUAGAAGUUCAUGUGUUCCAAAAAGAACAAGUAGCUCUUGUCAACAAUUCAAUAUAGAGAUUAUUUGAAAAAAUCGGAUACUUCAAAUUCCAUAUAUUUUUCUACGGAGAAUUUGUAAAUAUAUUGAAAAUUUGACUUGAACUUUGUAUAUCAAGUUAAUAGAUUAAAUGUUUUCAAAUAUUCUCUAUUUAAUACAAACAGGAUGUCAAUUUAUAUAAAGAAGUAAUAACUACAUAAAGCUUUUAUCAAACUAUUUGUAUAAGAGUCAUUUGUAACAAAAACAAGAAUUUAUUUAUUAUUUAUAUUGUAUUUAAGAGUCUUUUGAACAAGUUAAUGAUUGUUUUUUUCUUCCAAACACACUUUUUUCUGUAAGAGUCUUAAAAUUUCAAUUAUUUCAUAUACAUUAUGUUCUUGAAUUGUCACUUGAUUAUGAAGAACCUGUAUCAGAUGACCAUUGAUAUAAUUAUCUUUGUUAAACAUUUUCUCCAAUAUUUAUUGCAAUUUGUUCAGAACAAUUAUUAUUUUUUCGUUUUUAAUUUGUUGUGUCAACAGUAUUUUAUCACUUUUUCAUGUUAAGAAACAAAUUAACUCUCAAUUCAAUCACUUAUCGAUUCUCUAUGUAUUUAAAAUGACUUUCUCUCUAUAACCAGACAAAAUACAAAAACUUUAUAUCAAACGAUUAAUAGAACUUUUCAAAAAAUUUAAUUCACUAAUUCUUAACACUUUUUUGUUUUAGUAAUAAUAAUAAAUGUUAAGCAUUACCAUUUUUCAAAUGUUCAAUGUAUGUACAUCUAUUUUUAUAUUUUAAAAUAAUUUUUUUUUCAACUGGACAGCAAAAAUUAAAUAUCAAUAAUCCACCAGCUUAUAGUUUGAUGAAAGUAGCAUGUAUUUGUUGCUUUUCAUUAUAUAAUGUAAUUUAUAAUAUACCUUAUGUGAUUUAUAUAAAAAAAACAAUGCUUCCUUAUAUAUACAACGAUAAAAAUGUUUAGUUUUAUAUAAAGUAUUUAUUUUGUACUACUUUAAUUCAGUAAGAAUUACCACCAAUAAAAUAGUUCUAAAAUUAGAAUCCAUAUCCAAGUUUAAGCGCAUAAUUUGGAUAAAAAGGUUUUAUACAAGAAUUUUUUUCAUCUCUGUAUUAGUAGUCGGCACAUAUGCUACUAUAUACUAAUGUAAUGGCUUUAAAUCAAUCGAUUAAUACAAUAUUGUUGCUCAAUAAUUUUGUAGAAUUUAGUUACUAGUUAGAACGUUUUACGACGUUGUCCAAUUCCCAUUUGCCAUUGUUUUCUAUUGUUGCAGUCUUCCUCUUUUAGUUCUCGCUCGCUUAUUGAUCGUUUUAUUCCUUACAUUCAUGUUCUCCUUGGUGUUCCUCUAUUUCAGUUUUGUGGUGGUAUCCCUCAUCCCGUACCAUAUCAGUUGCUUCCUUUCUAUACACGUUAUAACUGUCACUUUUGCACCCAUCUCGAUGUUCUAGAUGCCCUUCUCAUCGCGUCUCAUUUUAUAGCUUCUAGUUUUCUUUUCAUUUGUUCUUUUAAUCGCCAAGUCUUUCAUCCAUAUAUUUUGAUCAUAUAUUCUCAUUUUUGUUUGUUUAUCUAUCUCUGUACUCCAUAGAUUUCCAUUGAGUGCCCUUCAUUAUCUGUUUUGUCUUGUUUACGCCUAAAUAUCUAUAACUAUAACAUUUUUUUAUCGUUUCUUCAUAUUCCCGAACAAAAUCCGCGGUCUCUUCGCCAAUGCAGAAUUAAAUUGAAUAUCUUAGAAUGAAGGACACACCAUAUUUUCAUAUUUAACCAAUGAUUUGAUCUGUGGCAUCUAAUUCAAUCUAUUUAUCACAAUAUAUUUUAAAUCUUGAUGUUACUGCAAAUUCAAUAUUCACACGUACCGGGUGAAUAAGUUUUCACAUACUGCACAAUUCAAGAGCUAGAUGCCUCACGUCUAGUUAAGUCUGUAUUCACACUCACACUAUCUAACGCUUAUUUCAAUAACUAAGUUAUACACUUCAGUGUAUAACUUAGUUAUUGAAACGCGGAUGAGACAAUAUAAUCGUGACUGUGUAAUUGUAGGAAAGAGUGUGUUCAUAUAAAUAGGUCGACAAUGUCAAUUUCUCAUAGUUAGUGGAUUGUAUUUAACUCAUCUUAUGAAAUACACUAAAUAUUGUUUAACAUUUUUAUGAAUAUUUUUUCUACAUUAAGGAGGGAAUGACUUUCAAUAAAUUUAUUGGUGGAAAUAUUUUAAAAAUUAUACAGCAUAUUGUUGUUACCUUACUGUUAACAAUUAAGACCCAAAUACAAUAAGGUAUUGGUUGAAAUUAAAUUGUUAUUUUGCUCAGUUGUUAAUUUUGAUAAUUGUGAUGUCUAUCAUAGCUGUACUGGAAAAAAAUUAAUAUAUAUAAUAAUUAAAAUAAUUUUAAGUUAUUUAUGUAUCUGUUUCUUGUAUCAUUGGAUUGAUUUAUUAAUCAAAUAUUUAUGGUAUGGCAAUUCGAAGAUUGGUGAAAUUACAAUUAUUUCAACACUUUUAACAAAUAAAAAUAAUAUUAAUUAUUAAAAGAUGAUUAAUAUAUUUUUCUUGAUAAUUAUUUUUAAUUUUAAUUUUUUUUUAUCAAAAUAUAGAAGAUUGAUCCAGAAAAAAAUAAAAAGGCUAAGAAGUAGAAAAUUUAAAAAAAAGUUUAUAUAUUCCAUAUUAUUUUUGACUGCAUUUUCAUUGUGUUCAUUUUAAUAUAAUAUGUAGUUUUAUUGCUUUAUCAUUUUGUAACUGGAUUUCUCUCCAAAAUUUACAAAGACAAUCUCAUUUUUUCUCGUUCAUCUUUUCUCUAUAAACCAAUAUUAACCCUGCUCCUACAGGAGUUGUGUAACUUUUCUAUGCCAAUGAUUUAUCUUAAAUUGAAUUUAUUUUCUUGCGAGGGUGUUGCAAAAUUCUUCUGACUUUUAGUCAUAAGUUUUUACCCUUAGAUUUGUCGCUGCUAAAAUGUGGUCAACAAGGAUGUGUAAAGGUCAAAUACUCUAAGAUUUCAGCAUUUUAAUGUCCUAUAACGCAACAUUAACAAUUAGGCAGCCUCAUUUGGUAAACUUGAGUUUUUGCAACCCCAAUAGUAUUUAUACAUUCGACUGGCACUACAUAAUGAUUUUGUAUAAGAAAAACACUAUAGAAAUAUAUUUGUUUAAAUGAUUAAUGUCAGAUAUGUUUUUUAAAAAAGGGAUUUGCUCAGUACUCUAUUUAUCAUUUAAUAGUCUGCAGGUUGUGCUAAACAAUUAUGUAUAUAAACCAUACCUACAAUUAUUUAUGGGGUUAAUAAAAAAAUACAAUUUA